AUGGACGUAGCUGUAAUAGGUGCCGGCGCAGCAGGCCUGGUCGCGGCCCGUGAACUCAUCCGCAGCGGCCACACGGUCACUAUCUUCGAACGCAACCACCGCGUGGGCGGCAUCUGGGUUUACGCAUCGGAAACCGAGGCCGAUCCUCUGGGGCAGAACGGCGCUCGAAUCCAUGGUUCUCUAUAUCACUCCCUGCGCACCAACCUGCCACGUGAUCUGAUGGCCUUCAGCGACUACGCGUUCGACAGCAGCGGUGGGGGUGACGAUGCGUGGCCUAGAUUCCCCGGGCACGCUGAAGUAUUGAGGUACAUUGAGAACUUCGCCCACAGUUUUGGCCUGUAUGGCUGCAUCCGUUUCGGCGAGCAGGUUGAAUCCAUCGAGCCGGGUACUGGCUGGACCGUUACAUCCAUCGCCGCUGGCAUGCGCCGACACAGUCACUUCGACGCGGUUACGGUGUGCAACGGGCACUACAGCGAACCACGGGUGCCCGCACUCGCCGGCCUCUCGGAGUGGCCGGGGCAGUUGAUACACAGUCAUAAUUACCGUGAGCCUUCGCCCUUCCAGGGCAAGCGGGUUGCAGUACUGGGGGCAUCAGCCUCGGCCGUGGACCUCAGCAUGGAAAUCGGCCGCAUCGCCGCCGCGCUCUACUGGUGUACGCCCGCGUUCGCAACCCUGCCGGACGCCGCCCGUUCCAACAGCUUUUUUCAGCGGCGGCAGAACAUUGAGGCAUUGCAGGCCGAUGGCACCAUCGUGCUGCAGGAUGGUGCGGUACUCGACGGCGUCGAGGUGCUGGUUUUCUGCACCGGCUAUCACUAUCGGUUCCCGUUUCUCGACCCGGCCCUGGUUAACGUCGACGACAACUGGGUCAGUCCGCUGUAUCGGGAUCUGCUGCACGUGGACCAUCCCACCCUGGCGUUCAUCGGCCUGCCGUUCAAGGUGGUGCCGUUUCCUCUGUUUGAAGUACAGGCGCGCUGGUUCGCGCGACUGCUGGCUGGAGACUUCCACCUGCCCCCCGCUGAGCAGCGAGCCGGCGAAGCGGCAGCCCGAGUCAUGGCCCUGCGCGCAGAUGGGGUGGCACAACGUCACUUUCAUCGGCGGCAGCUGGACUGCUACGACUACCUGGAUACCCUGGCAGAGGAAAGCCGCGCCCCCAGGCUGCCGGAAUGGCACCGACAGACCACUGCUGCGCUACUGAGUCAUGUCGCAGUUCAUCCCGGCAGCUAUCGCGACCUGCCAUUCGCGGUCUAUGCCCCUACGCGGCUGCAGCCAGACCCACCAUCAGCCUUGCAGCAUGGGGAUCAGGGCACCCGUCGACGGUAG